UCAAGAGCAAACUCCUAUAUCAUCAUGUGUUCCUAUUAACUCCUGUUAAUUUCUUGAAAUUCCGGCUAAAAUGGACACGUGACGUCAGCGGGUCUCGGUUGUGUGCGUAUGGAGUUCUUCGAGGCAAACUGGCAGUUCUAGUCGGAAACGUCUAAAGCAUGGGUAGUUUAUGAUACACCAAGAAAAGAGUAUAUAUCGUUUAUUUGUGUCCAACAAAGAUAUUAAUGUUAAAUGCUUUAAGAAAUAUUUCUAUAAAAUAUAUUCCAUUUUAUAUGCGCAUAAUGGAUGUGUUAGAGCCAGAAUUAAUUUGGGUUGAUGGACGAUGCUAUAGAUUUUAUGAAAGUAGUGUUUGGAAAAAUACUCAUACAUCAGCCCCAUAUAUGGAAGACAGAGAAUCUGUUUGUUCAGAAGAAGAAUCUGAAACUGAUAUAGAAAUAACAUUUAAUGAUACACGGUUACAACAUAGCUUUUACGUACCCAAAAUCUUCCACUCAUAUAUAAUUGGUGCAAAAGGUUUAGUACUUAAGAAAUUGGAAAAUGAGACAAACACAACUAUAGAAGUACCAAGGAAGGGAAAAGAUGGAAAUAUUGUUAUUACUGCACGGGAUCGUAAAGCUAUAAUAUCAGCAAGACAUAGAAUUAACUUGCUAGUAGAGACUUCGAGGAAAAAGAUACGUUACACACAUUUCUUAUCGAUUCCAUUAAAUAAAAAGGAAAUAAUUGAUAAAUUCAAUUCUUUCAAAGAUGAUGUGUUGGAGAAAUAUGGCAAAACUGCAUAUAAUAUUGAUGAAUCACUUUUCCAAGAUCCAUCUAAAUUGCAUCUCACUAUUGGAAUGCUCAAAUUGCUUGAUAUUAAUGAGAAAACUCAAGCAAUUGAUGCUCUCAAGAUUUGUAAAGAAGAAAUUAUAAAUCCUAUUCUUAAAGAAACUGACUCAAUAAAUAUACAAUUACAAGGAGUUGCAUGUAUGAAUGAUGAUCCCACUGAGGUUAAAAUUUUGUAUGCACAAAUCGCUCACAAUGAAAAAUUACAAGAGCUUGUUGAUAAAGUUGCAAAUUAUUUUCUUCACAUAGGUUUAAAAGAAAAUGAAUAUGAAAAAGUAAAAUUGCAUGCCACUCUAAUGAAUACAUCAUUCAAAAAUGAUUACCAAGCAAGAUUUAAAGAUAAAUAUAAUGCAAGCGAAAUUCUAAAAGUUCACAAGGACACAUUCUUUGGGGAAACAAUAUUAAAUCAAAUUGAUAUAUCUGAACUUAACACUGCUACCAAAGAUGUUGCAUAUGCUGUAACUGAAUCUGAUGUCAUGGAGAUCAACGAUGGAAUUUCAACAAUAUUUUGUUCAGAACAUACUUUACAGAUGAAUAAUACUUUUAAUGCUUUUCAAACAUCUCAGAAACCAGAAAGAACAACAAAACAGAAGCAUAUAAAUUUAAAAAAGAGCAUGAGUAUAGCAGAUGAUUCAUUAGAGUAUUGGGGAUUUUACUUACUUAAAGGUGCAUCUGUAUCACUCUCUGUAUGUUCAAGAUUUGAUGGAGCUUCUAUCUUAGUGGUGAAAGGGGAAAGAAAUUUACGUACUUGUGGUUUGUUGGAACAUAAUUUGAAAAAGGAACAAGUGCAUGAAAAUAUGUUUUUACCAGGUGCAGACAAACAAGUUGAAGUAAUAUAUGAAUCAAAUGCACAAGAAAUAGAUUCUAAGGAAUCAAACACUAAUGAUCUUACGAUCAUAAACAAUGCUAGUGAUGUACAUAAACCAAUUAUAAAUGUAAGCCCCAGAAAUUCUUCCAAAAGAAGUUUUGAAGUUCCUACAAAUAUAGAUAACAGUACAUGGGAAUAUACUACAGAGAUUGAAAGAAAAUUUAGAAAAGAUUUAGAGGAUCUGUAUGAAACUGCAGCAUCUUAUGUUCACAAACAUAUAGGUGAACAAAGCGUGAAAAAUUCUAGAAAAUUGAGACAUAUUAAACGCAAGCUCAAAAAUAGAACAAUACGUAAAUUAAUAAAGUUAAAACGACAAUUGAAAUCAUCUAGAUCGAUGGAGACUGAAGAAGAUACUCAACAAAAAACAAAAGUCAAAGAUAAUGUACGUGUCAAAAGAUCCAUUAGAAACCGAGAACUCAUAAAACCAUCUUCCUUAUUAGAUCAGGGCAUCAAACAUGGUGGAAAUACUGAUAAAAACUUUACAUCUAUUUCUAAUGAAGAAUCAUCUCUUUCCAGCUUUGAAACUGGUUUAUUUAAUUGCUAUGAUGGAACAAUACUGUUAGCUCAUGAAUUUGAACCUUCUGAUCAAUGUACUAAUACUUCCUAUUUGCUCACCAAGAAGCACGUACAAGCAAACCACCAUGUAGAAGAAGAUGGUUACUAUUAUUAUAUUUUCUAUAGCGACAACGACUUUGUGAUCAACGAUAUUUAUGCGAUUUUUGAUAUACAUAAGCCGACUUUCCAAUAUGUAAAUGUGACUAAGGCAUGUAUUAAUGAAACUAAAUGCUCAUUUUCUUUAAAUAUGUUAUCAGCGGAUAAAGUAAUUGUCGAAAUACCAACGAAGGAUGGUAUAGAGCAUGAUGAAAAAGAUGACUUUAGCACUCUAAUUUCUAUUUGCCAGCCACGAAUGGGCGCAUACAUGAUUUUUCCAAUUGCCAUGCUAUUCUUUAUUCUUAGUUGCGCUUUCAUGUGAAUAUAGAAAAGCCUAUGGUUUUACUUAUAGGUACCUGCGAAAAUAAGUAUAUGCGAAUUUUUAAAAGUACUGUUUAGUUCUAAGUAUAUUUU